GGAGAACGGUUAAUCGACUAUUUCGAUUAAUUUUUAGAACACCGAUAAAAGCAUAUCAGGAAGGUGGUACCAACAUAGGCAAGUAACAAUAACAUGGUAUUUUCCAUUGGAUUACUUUAAUAAAUUGAAUUUUAAUAAUACAACAAAAGACCAAAUCCUGUUACACAGAAUUCUUCCUCUCUCUCUCUCUCUCUCUAUAGACAUGACAGUGUAAGACUCAGACAAGAAACAGAGCAAAAAAAGAAAAGAAAAAAAUAAAGAAAAGAAAAAAACGACGUGAAAUCCACUCAAAAUACAAAACACCUUCCCUAAAAUUCCUCAGGAAAGAGAAAAAUUAUAUUGUUGCUAGUUGUAAUCUUUUGUUGUUGAUUUCUCAUUCUUGAAAAUGGGGUGGUUGAAUUUCCACCACCUCCUCCUCUUAACGGCCGCCCUUCUCCUCCUCCGCCUCCCCUCCGCCGCGCCGGACAUAUCCUCCGACCGCUCCGCCCUUCUAUCCUUCCGCUCCGCCGUGCGCGCACGCCUCCCCUUCUGGAACCUCUCCAGCCCCACCCCCUGCUCAUGGAACGGCGUCACCUGUUCGCCGGACGGCUCCGCCGUCAUCGCGCUCCGCCUCCCCGGAAAGAGUAUCUCCGGCCGAAUUCCGCCGAACACCAUCUCCCGACUCACGAAUCUACAGGCGCUCAGCCUCCGCGCGAACCAGCUCUCCGGCCCGCUCCCGGCGGAGCUAUUCUCCUCUCUCACUUCCCUCCACACUCUCUCUCUACAGAACAAUCUCUUCAGCGGCGGAAUCCCCGAUUCUUUAUUCUCUCUCACCGCCCUCAUCAACCUAGAAUUGGCGUCGAACAAUUUAUCCGGCCCGAUUUCACCUUCUUUCAACAAUUUGACCCGUUUGCGGACCCUUUACUUGCAGAAUAAUCACUUCUCGGGCCCGGUUCCGGACCUAAACCUGCCCGGUUUAUCUUUGUUCAACAUCUCCAACAACAAUCUCACCGGCCAAAUCCCCAAAGGCCUCGCCGGAAAACCGAAAAACUCGUUCGCCGGAAAUUCACUCUGUGGUGCACCAUUGGAUUCGUGCUCCGUCGACGAAACCCCAUCCGUACCCGGAAACCCGCCCCCCGACCGGAAAAAACCCGACAAAAAACUCUCCGGCUGGGCAAUCACCGGAAUCGUAAUCUGCUCCGUCCUCGGAGUUUUCUUGAUCGUAAUGCUUAUAUGCUGUUUGUGUGGUAAAGGCAAAGGGGCUAAGAAGAAAACCGGACUCCCAACUACUCGCCGAGAGAAAACGGUGGCGACGACUGGCGGUGUUGCGGCGGCGGCAAGGGAGAGACAAAAAGGCGGAGGAGGGGAAGAUGGUGGUAAGAAGAAGAGGCUGGUUUUCUUCGGAAAGACGAAAUGGGAGUUUACAUUGGAGGAUCUUUUGAAGGCAUCGGCCGAGGUUUUGGGCAGGGGCACUUUCGGAACGACGUACAAGGCGGCACUCGACGCGGGGUUGGCGGUGGUGGUGAAGCGGCUGAGGGAUGUUAAUAUGGCGGAGAUGGAGUUUAGGGCAAAGAUGGACGAAAUCGGGAGAAUGGAUCAUCAGAAUUUGGUGCCUUUGAAAGCUUAUUAUUACAAUAGGGACGAGAAGCUUCUCGUUUACGAUUACUUGCCGAUGGGGAGCUUAUCCGCAUUGUUGCAUGGAAACAAGGGAGAAAGAAGAACACCAUUAAAUUGGGAAACAAGAGCCUCGAUCGCCCUCGGUGCCGCACAAGGAAUCUCCUACCUCCACUCGCACGGCCCGUCAAUUUCCCACGGCAACAUAAAAUCGUCCAACAUCCUCCUCACCAAAAAAUACGAGCCACGCGUCUCCGACUUCCUCCUGGCCCGUAUGGCCCGGCCCGGGUCCGCAUUGGGCCCAAGCCGGGUCGAGGGGUACCGGGCCCCCGAGGUCACCGACCCUCAGAGGGUGUCCCAAAAGGCAGAUGUAUACAGCUUCGGAGUGUUGGUGCUCGAAAUGCUGACCGGGAAAUCUCCCGUGGUGGGGGAAGAUGGCUUCGAUCUGCCGCUUUGGGUGAGGUCCGUGGUAAAGGAUGCGUGGACCUCUGAGGUGUUCGAUGCUGAGCUGCUGAGAUACCAGAAUGUGGAGGAGGAUAUGGUCCGGCUUUUGCAGAUUGGAGUCGACUGCACUGAAUCGUACCCCGAUAAGCGCCCGUCCAUGUCUGAGGUGGCGACCAAGAUUGAGGAGCUUUGUCGGUGGAGUUUCGAUUAUACCGGUGAAGAAUGAAAUCGUGUUUCAUGAAAAUUCGUCUUUUUCUUUUUCUUUUUCUUUUUGUUUUGGUUGGUUUAUUCUUGUGGUUCUUUGAUUGAGAAUCAAAAAAUGUUUGCAUUGGUUGUAACGAUUUUUUUUUUCUUUGAUGAAUUGAUUUAAAAAGGAAACGUAAAGAAAAACUACUACUGGAAGGAAGAUGCAUCUCCUGUAGGUUUUGGAUUUUGUGUAAUUUGUUUUGGAGAUCCAUUUUCAAUUUUUUAUACAUUGUAUACAGUUAUUGAUUAUAAUUUGUUA